UUAGUUGUUUGACCGCCGGCUCUUGUAUUUUUUCCCGCAAAUUUGGACUCCUAUGUAUGUAUAUAUAUAUAUAUAUAUAUACAUACCUUUCACUACAAUUCUAUUCCACCAAUCACCAAACUCUCUUUUCUUUUCUUUUUCUUUCUUUAUUUUUAUAUUUUCUUUCUCUAAUUUUCGCUCGCUGUUUCUUUUGUUGCUCAGUCCAAAUCACUACCGGAGAGAGCUCCGAUUUCGUCUCCUCCGGUUCUUUCAAAUUUUAUUUUUCUUGAAUCUUUUGCAAUCUGAAUUCCAUUUUUUAAUGGUAUUGGAAGCCAAGAAAGGAGGAAAAACAAGAAGGAUCAUCAUCAUCAUAACCACAGUCCGAUGAAGACGACGUCGUCUUGGAAGGAUCUGAUGGAGAGAGAGAUUGGAGGAGGAGGAGGAGGUGUGGUGGUUGUGGAUGAAGGAGGUAUAGCGAAGCGGUUCUCGAUCAAGUAUAGAGACGAGGCGAUAUUCGGUCUGUAUACGCCUUUCUUCGUUUGCUUGGCUUCUGGUAAUUUGGAAUCCGAUGCUUUUCUCCAUUUUAUCUCUCAGGACGUUCAUUUCCUCAAAGCCUUUGCUCGCGCGUAUGAAUUGGCGGAGGACUGUGCGGACGACGACGACGACAGGUGUGCCAUCCGCAAAUUGAGAAAACGUGUUCUCAAGAAGCUUCAAAUGCACGAUACACUUGUCCGAGAAUGGGGAUUUGAAUCCCCCGGCGAGAGCAAUUGUCAGAAUGCAACAAGCAAAUACACAGAUUUCUUGAUUGCAACAGCAUCAGGGAAAGUUGAAGGAGAGCGAUUUUCUGGCAAGAUUGCAACUCCUUUUGAGAAGACAAAAGUUGCUGCUUAUACAUUUGGCGCUGUGGCUCCUUGUAUGAGGCUGGUUGUCUUUAUUGGUAAUGAGAUACAGGCAAUUCUGGACCCUGAUGAUAGCAGUCACUUAUACAAAAGGUGGAUUGACCAUUAUUCUUCUGAAGAUUUUGAGGCAGCGGCUCUGCAAACUGAAGAUAUUGUGGAUAAAUUGAGUGUUUCUUUGACCGGCGAGGAGCUUGAAGUGAUAGAAAAGCUUUAUCAUCAAGCUGUGAAACUUGAAGUAGAAUUUUUUGCUUCUCAAUCAAUUUCUCAGCCAACAGUAGUCCCCUUGUCUAGAAUUACCCAUGACAUUUCCGAGCGUUAUCUUAGUAUAUUUUGUGACUUCGACUUGACAUGCACUGCUUUCGACUCCGCGGCCAUAUUGGCAGAGAUUGCAAUUGUAACAGCACCAAAGGAAGAUCUGGAUGGACAUGAAAGCCAACUUGCUCGGAUGUCAUCAGGAGACUUGAGGAAAACAUGGAAUGUCCUAUCCACCCAGUAUACUGAGGAAUUUGACCAAUGCGUGAAAAGCAUCAUAUCCAGUCAGAAAGUGGACAAAUUUGACUACGAAGGUUUGCAAAAAGCCCUUGAGCAACUUGCAGAUUUUGAGAAAAAGGAAAAUGCAAGGGUGGUCCAGUCCCGAGUGCUGAAAGGUUUGAACAUAGAGGAUAUAAAACAUGCUGGCCAGCGACUCAUUCUUCAUGAUGGUUGUAGAAGGUUCUUCCAAAGGAUUGUCAAAGACGAAAUUCUGAAAACGGAUGUCCACGUUCUUUCUUACUGUUGGUGUGGUGAUUUCAUUAGAUCAGCUUUUUCAUCAGGAGAUCUAAAUGUCUUGAAUGUACAUUCCAAUGAGUUAGCAUGUGAAAAAUCUGUUACUACUGGAGAAAUUGUCAAGAAGAUGGAGUCUCCCUCGGAAAAGCUUCAAGCUUUUAAUAACAUCUUAAAGAACUGUAAUAGGGAAGGCAAGCACUUCAAAAUUUACAUUGGAGGCUCAGUGGGUGACUUACUUUGUUUGCUUGAAGCAGAUAUAGGCAUUGUGAUUGGUUCAAGUUCGAGUCUAAGGAAACUGGGAGAUCAGUUUGGUGUCAAAUUUGUCCCACUUUUCUCUGGCUUGGUGAGGAGGCAGAGAGAACUUUCUGAAGGCCGUUCCUCUGAUUGGAAACCACUGUCUGGUAUUCUCUAUACGGUAUCUUCUUGGGCUGAAAUAGAAGCAUUUAUUUUGGGUUUAUAAGUGUAUCUUUUUUCUUUUCUUUUUUUUUUUUUUUUCCUUCAUCAUUGUUCUCAUUAUCAUUACAAUCCCGAAGGGAAUAUCAUCACAGCAGGUUAUAAUAGAGUAUAGCAUACAGAAUGGUGGCAUAUUUUACUGAAGGCCACCUGUCAGCCCUUUUAUCUUUUUCAUCAGGGACUGCCAAAAAAGAAAUAUACAGAUCUUUUGUACUAUAGUAAAAACCAAAUGUCAGGUUUCUUAAUCGAUCUCAUUUAUUGUCUGUCUUCAAUUCCUUUAGAAGCUGAAGAUUGUCGCUUUCUCAAGUUUGAACUGAGCAUUGGUAAAGAUUUUUAGCGGGAUAGAGGAGAAAAAAUGGUUUGUAAUUAAUUUGUUUGUCUAAUUGGAUAUGAUUGCCAUAGGUGUUUUUGUCUUCAACUUGUUAUUGGUUGGUUCUAGAUCUUUUAUCAGGGUAAUUGCCUUUUGUAAAGCAUAUGGGAUUUUGUGGGUUCAAAACUUGGCCAAUUGUUUUCUUUUUUAAGCUUAUUGCAAUGGAAUUAUACCUUGCUAUAUGGCAUGGAACUAA